UAAAAGGGGGCACUGGGGUGGGAGGGGUGCUUCGGGGACAUUUGGAGCGGCGUGGACUCCAGUUACGAUCUGGGCUCUCCGAGUGGCCUCUACACCCGAGCGCGGCUUCGCUAGUUCCCCCGUGGCUCCUGCUCUCCUUCUCGAGCCCCGCGCCGGCCUUGCGCUCCACACCCUCGCGUACUCGCGCCCGGCGCCCAGGCCGCCCCGGAAGAUGCGCAGCGCGCCCUCGGCCGGCGCAGCCCUGGUGCUGUGCGCCGCCACGGCCGGGCUGCUGAGCGCGCAGGGCCGUCCCGCGCCUUCUGAGCCGCCGCGCUUCGCGUCCUGGGACGAGGUGAACGUGCUAGCGCAUGGGCUGCUGCAGCUCGGCCACGGGCUGCGCGAGCACGUGGAGCGCACCCGUGGACAGCUGGGUGCGCUCGAGCGGCGCCUGGGCUCGUGCGGAGCCACCUGCGGGCAGGCCGCGGGGACCAAGGCGCCCUCGCAGGCUCCAGUGAGCCCAGUCCCCGGCGACGAGGCCGCGCCCGAGACCCUGCGCAGCCUGCAGAUGCAGCUCAAAGCUCAGAAUAGCAGGAUCGAGCAACUUUUCCAAAAGGUGGCCCAACAGCAACGGCACUUGGAGAAGCAACACCUGAGGAUACAAAAUCUGCAGAGCCAGGUGGGCCUCCUGACCACUACACACCUGAACCAAGAGGUGGCCAAGCCUGCCAGGAGAAAGAGGCUACCCAAGAUGGCCCAGCAUGUGGACCCUGCUCACAAUGCCAGCCGCCUGCACAGGCUGCCCCGGGACUGCCAGGAGCUGUUUGAAGAGGGUGAGCGGCAGAGUGGACUGUUCCAGAUCCAGCCACAGGGGUCCCCGCCGUUCCUGGUCAAUUGCGAGAUGACCUCAGACGGAGGCUGGACAGUGAUCCAGAGGCGCCAGGAUGGCUCCGUGGACUUUGAUCAGCCCUGGGAAGCCUAUAAGGCAGGCUUUGGGGACCCUCAAGGAGAGUUCUGGUUGGGCCUGGAGAAGGUGCACCGCAUCACAGGGGGCCACGGUGGGCGCCUGGCCGUGCAGCUGCAGGACUGGGAGGGCAAUGCUGAGUCUCUGAAGUUCCCCAUCCACCUGGGGGGCGAGGACACAGCCUACAGCCUGCAGGUCACAGCGCCUGUGGCCAGCAAACUUGGCGCCACCGCUGUCGCGCCCAGUGGCCUUUCCCUGCCGUUCUCCACUUGGGACCAGGACCAUGACCUCCGCAGGGACAAGAACUGCGCCAAGAUACUCUCUGGCGGCUGGUGGUUCGGCACCUGCAGCCACUCCAACCUCAACGGCCAGUAUUUCCACUCUAUCCCACGGCAGCGGCAGCAGAGAAAGAAGGGCAUCUUCUGGAAGACCUGGCGGGGCCGCUACUACCCACUGCAGGCCACCACCAUGCUGGUCCAGCCCACAGGGGCCACCUCAGCCUCCUAGCCUCCCCGCUGGGUCCUGGUCCCAAGCUCAUAGAGGACAGUGACUCCUGUCUCCGGCCCAGGAUGUGGCCACUCCCUGCCUGGACAGGGGCUCUAGGCAGGGGCCAUCUGGAGCCUGGUGGACAGAGAAGAAACGAAGAAGCCUAUGACUGGAGAAGCCCCUUCUUUGAGUGGGGGCUGCACGUGUCGCCCGCCUUUUGAGAUCAGCAGGGCUGCAGGGUACACACAGAACCCAGAUGUGUGGAGCUGAUGGGCAUUCUGUCCUGCUCCUCGCCUGCCUGAGGAGUGGGGAGACGCAGAGGGACCACUUGGGGGUGGCCAGGCCAGCCUUCGAUGGCAGACAAAGUCACAUUGACUGUUCAGGGUCCUGGUCUCUGGUGGGCCUGGGUGCCCUUACAGUGCUGCUGUUUGUGUGUGCUGUGGGACAAGCAGGUGCCAGUGGCGUCUGGAUGCCGCUCACAGGACUCUUGGAAUAAAAGCAACCUCAGAACAUUCUGUUUUUCUUUGUCCUUUGGUUUGUUUUAAAAAGCGGACAGUUUCAAAGUCCAUGUAAACAUUCCCCGGGGCAGAGGGCAAAUACUCCCAGGUACUAUUAGGACGUGGUAGGUGAUUCUUCCCACUGCCAACAGUCGAUUUCAGUUUCCUUCAUUUAUUAGUUCAUGAUGUGUAGCUUUGUGGUUUUUUUAUUUUCAAAAUCAUGGGGGGAGAAAAGCCCUCAUACAAUUCAAUCGUGAUGUAAACAGGUACUACAACCAAACCAAAACCCGUUGCCAUUGAUUCCAAUUCAUAGUGACCCUGUAGGACAGAGUAGAACUGCCCCACAGGGUUUCCAAGGAGCGGCUGGUGGAUUUGAACUGCGGAUCUUUUGGUGAGCAGCCAGGCUCUUAACCACUGCGCCACCAGGGUUCCAAACAGGUACUAGAGAAAGUGAGAAUUCCCUUCCUAAUCAUAUUUCUGCAUACGAAUAUCGGUUAACUUUUUAGUGCUGGGCUGAUAGAAAUAUAACGUAAAUCACACAUAUAAUUUUACUACGCUCUUUGGAAGUGAGGCUGGUGAGACUCGCUUAUUUAGGACAUUAUCAGGAAAAAUCAAUCACUGGAAAAGGACAUCAUGUUUGGUAAAGUGGAAAGGCAGUGAAAAUGAUGGAAACCCUCAAUGAGAUGGAUUGACACGAGAGCCACAACAAUGAACUCAAACACGCCAACAACCAGGAAGACUGUACCGGAUGGAGCAACGUU